AUGGCGUCUACACUGGAGAGCCUCGAUGCUCAACUAGCGAACCUCAUGUCGGACUGGACGCUGAUCACCUCCGUCCUCACUUUUGUGAUCGUAGCUCUAGUUGGCUAUCCAAUCCUGUACCCGUCCGAACCUGACACCCACCCUCUACUUCUGGCCCGCCAAUCUAGUGCUGCUCCCAUCAGAAACAAGGGCUCUUCAGCAGCAUAUCGCUCGCCCGAAGUUCCAUACGGCACGCCUCUACGCUCUGGUCUCAACGUAAAGGACGCGGGAGCACCGCGUUGGGCAAGUGGGAAGGAUGGCGACGUGAGAGAUGUAUGGAGGGAGGUCAUGCGAGGUGGUAGUACUGGAGACGAUGGCAAGCCUGUGCCAAAAGCUUCGAUCAUGACGAUCCUCGGGCGGGAUGAAGUUGUGGAGCACAAUGUGCAAGAUCUGAGCAGAGAGAUUGGUAUAUUGGGAACGCAUAUAAGCCAGGCAAGAGCCAGAAAAGUGGCUAUAUACCUACCGAAUAGUGCCGAGUAUCUGAUGACCGUAUUCGUUCUGUUACCUUACAACCAACCUCACGCCAAGGUCUACGAGCUCAUAAAUAGUACUGGUGCCGAUGCACUCAUAUGUGCAGCUGGUAAUGUGCCUCUGGACGAUCUAGCACAAGCAUGUAAAAAUCUUAAGCUGCUUACCUGGGUAGUCGAGAAGACGAGCCGGCACAUGGACUGGAAUGGCGUGCCAGGUUCUGCCGCCGACCACCUGAAAGUCAGUGUCUGGCAUGAUGUCGUCGAAGAGCAGAAAGGAUCAGCUAGUCCUGACCUCCCUACGAACGAUCAAUCACCUACUUUGGCUCCGAUAAUCUCGGUCUGGCAACCUGUUGACCCUAGCAGCAAACCAACCAUUACGACUCUCACACAUCACAACAUCGUAGCAGCAACUUCUGCUCUUAUUACCAAUCUCCCACUACGUCAACGUCUGACUCCAGCAGACCUCGUGCUACCGGCCGAUGGCUUCACACACAACUACAUCCUCUGCCAGACCUUCGCCACUCUCUUCACACACGCCAAUCUGGCCAUAACGAGCGUAGCAGGUCCAGGUGUCGAUCUCGCCACAGCAAGUCGUUCUAUCAGUCCUACAGUAAUCAUUGCCAGCGCUGAAACAAUGGCCAAAGUGCAUGCCAAGGAGACUGCUGGCGCCUCAUCGAUACUUCGAAGUCUAGGAAAAUACACUCACUCACAAGCCAUGGCCGCAGGAAGAAUGCCGACAGAUGGUGUCCUCUUCAAAAUGCUUGCACCACCGUCCUCAGCAUCAGGAAACACACCUGGCAAGCUCCGACUGAUACUCACUUCAGAGCGUAUAGGCACUGGUUCGCCUGCACUGUCAUCGACCGUACUAUCUGAUCUCCGCUUACACACACGAGCGAGAAUUUGCUAUGCUCUCACCGCUGCGUCUGUAGCGGGAGCUAUCACGCAGAGCAAUGUCUUUGACUACCGGAUUGAUGCUGGAAGUCAAUUUGGCGCACCUUUGAGCUCUGUAGAGAUCAAGUUGCUGAAUUCGAAUGAAAGCGAGCUCGAGGGUUCGAGACCAAAGGGUAGGCUCGUAGUCACUGGGCCUGCUGUUAGUGGUGGUGAGGUCGAUGUUGGUGUGUCUGGCUCAAUAGUGGAGGAUGGGACUUUGAGGGGACGUCGGAUCGCAAAGGACCAAGGGUCUACGAGCAACAAGAUGAAGUUUCGCGAUGGCAUGUGGUUGGUGGCGGAAGGGAAACGAGUGGAAUAUGCGGAAGAGGUCUACUCGAUCAAUCCAUCCGCUGAUGGCAAAAAGUUGAGCUUAUUGUGUCCGACGGCACACAUACGAUCUCGUGGUGACACACUCAAUCGACCUACGCUUACAGUGGACCUCGAAGCUGUAGCCGAUGGCAUAAUAUCCGUCGAGGUCACACACUGGCACGGUGCCGUCAGCAAAGGCCCACAUUUCGACCUCUUCCUCAAUGGACAACCUGAAGUCGAGUCUGCCGUGAUCAAGACCGAGACAGGGACUACCUUCACUGCCGGUAGCAUAGCGGCCACAGUGUCAGCAAGCCCGCACACCUUCGACGUUCGCUUUCAUAGCACAGAUGGCAAGAACAGACUCACGUCUCUCCUUGACCGCAGUAUUGGCCUUGCAUACUCACCCGCUACCAGCUCGCCCAUGCAGACAGCUGAUAUGCGAGAGAUUGAACACUAUAUCCUGACCCAGACAACCCUUGGCGUAGGCGAGCAAGUCUUUGGUCUGGGUGAACGCUUCGGAGCUCUGAACAAAGUCGGUCAAAGCAUCAGUCUCUGGAACGCCGACGGUGGGACGUCCAGCGACCAAGCAUACAAGAACAUCUCCUUCUGGCUGAGUAACCGAGGAUAUGGUGUUUUCAUCGAUGCGCCAGAGCGUGUCGAGCUCGAAGUCGGUAGUGAGAGAUGUUGCAGAGUCCAGACUAGUGUUCAAGGUCAGAGUUUAAAAUGGUAUAUCAUCUACGGACCUACGCCAAAAGAGGUUAUCAGAAGGUACACUUUGCUCACCGGCCGGCCGAAUAAAGUGCCGGCGUGGAGCUACGGACUCUGGUUAUCGACGAGCUUCACGACCGAAUACGACGAGAAGACAGUCAGCUCUUUCCUCGAAGGAAUGCGAGACCGCGAGAUCCCAGUCCAAGUCUUCCACUACGACUGCUUCUGGCUCCGUGGCUUCCACUGGUGCGACUUCGAGUUCUCCAGUUCGCACUUCCCAGACCCCAAAGGCCAGAUCACGCGGCUGAAGGAGUCUGGUCUGGUGAACAAGGUCUGCGUCUGGAUCAACUCAUACUUAGGUCAAGCUUCUCCUGUCUUUAAGGAGGCGGCGGAGAAAGGCUACCUCCUCAAGCGAAAGAACGGUGACGUCUUCCAAUGGGACUUGUGGCAGGCUGGGAUGGGCAUUGUGGACUUCACCAAUCCUGAGGCAUGUGAAUGGUAUAAGUCUUGUCUGCGGAAGCUCUUCGAUACCGGCAUUGAUGCCAUCAGAACGGAUUUUGGUGAGCGUAUUCCGAGCAAGGACGUCCAGUGGCAUGAUUCGAGUCUCGAUCCCGAGAAAAUGCAUAAUUAUUAUGCCUUCAUCUACAACAAGCUCGUCUUCGAAGCCUUGCAGGAACGCUAUGGGAACGACGAAGCUGUGCUUUUCGCGAGGGCUGCUUGUGCUGGUACACAGCGCUUCCCUCUACAGUGGGGAGGUGACUGCGAGUCCACUUUCGAAGCCAUGGCCGAGUCGCUGCGAGGCGGUCUCUCGCUGGGUAUGUGUGGCUUCUCUUUUUGGUCCGUCGAUAUUGGUGGCUUCGAGGGCUAUCCAGACGCCACGAUCUACAAACGCUGGGUGCAGUUCGGUCUCCUUUGCUCGCACUCCAGACUACACGGGAGCAAUUCCUACCGCGUUCCUUGGCUAAUCGACAACGACGACAAGAGCUCGACAGGUGCCUCGGCGGUCUUGCAGAAGUUCACGCAGCUUAAGUGUAGGCUCAUGCCUUAUAUCUUCAGUCAAGCCAUGGAUGCCAUCAAGCACGGCUGGCCAGUCAGCGUGCGCGCCAUGGCUUUGGAGUUUCCAGACGACCGCACUGCCUGGACAUGCGAUCAGCAGUUUAUGUUAGGCUCAAGUCUUCUCGUAGCACCAGUAUUUGACGAGACAGGUGAUGUAGAGUUUUACCUGCCCCAGGGCAAGUGGACCCGCUUUUGGGAUCGUAAAGUCGUCGAGGGCCCACAGUGGGUCAAGGAGAGACAUGAUCUUGACACUCUACCCUUGUAUAUCCGGGAAGGUACAAUCUUGGUGCUGGGCAAGGAAGGAGAGAAGCGUACGGUUUAUGACUGGACCAAUGCGGACGAGGUGGAAGUGCACUUGUAUGAGACCACACUGGACAGCACCUUCGAGCUGUACGAUGCCGAUGGCGGUUUCGCGCGAACACUGAGCACGACACAGCAGCAUGGCUCCUGGAAGGUGGAAGGCAUGGAUGCCCGCGUCCGCCGUUUCAGCCGAGAGCAGAAUUACUGA